UAUACACAGUGGUCUGCGUUGCAUGAUCUUGAUCAAAAAGGCAAACAGGAAAGAGAAGUCGCUGCUUAAAGUCUCAUUCCUUUGGAUCCCAAAUCACCAUUUCAAAAUCACCUUUUCUUGAAAUUCUUGCGAAGAAAAAUGGGUGCCCGCUGCUCAAAGUUCUCUUUUUGCUGGUGGAACUCCCACCUCAAGCCUUCCCUUCUCGACUCCUCGGAUCUUGAGAAUAAUGGGGAGAAAAAUGGGUGGCCGAGCUUUACAGAGUUCAGUUUCGAGGAGCUGAAAGCGGCGACCAGUGGGUUUUGUUUGGACAACAUUGUAUCUGAGCACGGAGAGAAAGCUCCCAAUGUGGUCUUCAAGGGGCAGCUCAGAAAUGGGCGAUGGGUAGCGGUUAAGCGUUUCAACAAGUAUGCUUGGCCUGAUUCUCGGCAAUUCAUGGAUGAGACCAAGACAGUGGGGAGUUUAAGGAGUGAAAGAUUGGCCAAUCUGAUUGGGUGCUGCUGUGAAGGGGAAGAGAGACUGCUGGUGGCUGAGUUUAUGCCCAAUGAGACCCUUGCAAAGCAUUUAUUUCACUGGGAGAGCCAGCCGAUGAAAUGGGCGAUGAGGUUGAGGGUGGCGUUUUACUUAGCACAAGCUUUGGAGUACUGCAGUAGCAAGGGUCGGGCGAUAUAUCAUGAUCUGAAUGCUUACAGAGUCUUGUUUGAUCAGGAUGGUAAUCCCAGGCUCUCUUGCUUCGGUCUAAUGAAGAAUAGCAGAGAUGGAAAGAGUUAUAGUACAAACCUCGCUUUCACCCCACCAGAGUACAUGAGGACAGGAAGAGUGACACCUGAAAGUGUGGUGUAUAGCUUUGGGACUAUGUUGUUGGACCUUCUGAGUGGCAAACAUAUUCCCCCAAGCCAUGCACUAGAUUUAAUCCGGGGCAAGAAUUUCCUUAUGCUAAUGGAUUCUUGUUUGGAGGGUCAUUUCUCUAAUGACGAUGGAACUCAGCUAGUUCGUUUGGCCACGCGUUGUUUGCAAUACGAAGCACGUGAAAGGCCAAACGCAAAGUCUCUUGUUGAGUCUCUUAUGCCUCUCCAAAAGGAAACGGAGGUGCCAUCAUAUGUUCUGUUGGGUAUCCCUCAUGGAACCGCAAGUCCAUCGCAGCCAUUGUUGUUGACACCGAUGGGCGAAGCAUGCUUGAGAGUGGAUCUUACCGCGUUUCAUGAAAUAUUGGAGAAGACGGGAUACAAGGAUGAUGAAGGAAUUGCCAAUGAGCUAUCGUUCCAAGUAUGGACAGACCAGAUGCAAGAGACCCUGAAUUCCAAGAAGCAAGGCGACUCAGCCUUCCGGGCCAAGGAUUUUGCAACCGCCAUUGAUUGUUACUCGCAGUUCAUCGAGGGGGGAAGUAUGGUGUCGCCCACUGUUUACGCGAGGCGAUGCUUGUGUUACCUGAUGAGCGAGAUGGCACAAGAAGCUCUGGGGGAUGCACUGCAGGCUCAAGUAGUUUCGCCGGAAUGGCCCACUGCAUUCUAUCUUCAGGCAACUGCACUGUUCAGCCUGGGGAUGGAGAAUGAUGCCCAGGAGAUACUAAAAGAAGCCACCAACUUGGAAGCCAAAAGGAACAAGAAUUAGAAGCAGUUCACACUUGCAUUUUCUUUAUAUUUAUUCUUGAAUUUAUUAUAUUGCUAUCUAUAUAUAUAUCUCUCUUUUGGAAGACUGCUUUCAUUUGCUGUAAGUUAAAGAUUUGAUUUACAUGUUACAAUGAGAUUUGCCUCA